AUGCGAAGGGGUGAGCGCCGGGGCGCCGAGGGGCCGCGGCCGGGGUCCCCGGUGCCGGGGGGCAAGGCCUCGCCGGAGGAGCCGCCGGACGGCGCGGCCGCGGGCGGAGCGAGCGGGCCGGCCGCGGGCCGCCGCAGCACCGAGUCCGAGGUCUACGACGACGGUACCAACACCUUCUUCUGGCGGGCCCACACCCUGACCGUGCUCUUCAUCCUCACCUGCGUGCUGGGCUACGUGACUCUGCUGGAGGAGACGCCGAGGGACACGGCCUACAACACCAAGAGAGGUAUUGUGGCCAGUAUUUUGGUUUUCUUAUGUUUUGGAGUCACACAAGCUAAAGACGGGCCAUUUUCCAGACCUCAUCCAGCUUACUGGAGAUUUUGGCUCUGCGUUAGUGUGGUCUACGAGCUGUUUCUCAUCUUUAUACUCUUCCAGACCGUCCAGGACGGCCGCCAGUUUCUGAAGUAUGUGGACCCCAGGUUGGGGGUCCCGCUGCCAGAGAGGGACUACGGGGGAAACUGCCUCAUCUACGAUGCGGACAACAAGACCGAUCCCUUCCACAACGUCUGGGACAAGCUGGACGGCUUCGUGCCUGCACACUUCAUCGGCUGGUACUUAAAGACCCUGAUGAUCCGCGACUGGUGGAUGUGCACGAUCGUGAGCGUGAUGUUCGAGUUCCUGGAGUACAGCCUGGAGCACCAGCUGCCCAACUUCAGCGAGUGCUGGUGGGACCACUGGAUCAUGGACGUGCUCGUCUGCAACGGGCUGGGCAUCUACUGUGGCAUGAAGACCCUCGAGUGGUUGUCCCUGAAGACAUAUAAGUGGCAGGGCCUCUGGAACAUUCCAACCUACAAGGGCAAGAUGAAGAGGAUCGUGUUCCAGUUCACGCCCUACAGCUGGGUCCGUUUCGAGUGGAAGCCGGCCUCCAGCCUACGCCGCUGGCUGGCCGUGUGCGGCAUCAUCCUGGUGUUUCUGUUGGCAGAGCUGAACACCUUCUACCUGAAGUUCGUGCUGUGGCUGCCCCCCGAGCACUACCUGGUCCUCCUGCGGCUCGUCUUCUUCGUCAACGUGGGCGGUGUGGCCAUGCGGGAGAUCUACGACUUCAUGGACGACCCGAAGCUGCACAAGAAGCUGGGCCAGCAGGCCUGGCUGGUGGCUGCCAUCACGGUCACGGAGCUGCUGAUCGUGGUGAAGUACGACCCGCACACGCUGACGCUGUCCCUGCCCUUUUACAUCGCCCAGUGCUGGACGCUCGGCUCCGUGCUCGCCCUCACUUGGACCGUCUGGCGCUUCUUCCUGCGGGACAUCACCCUGAGGUACAAGGAGACACGGCGGCAGAAGCAGCAGGGCAAGGAGGACCAGGGCAGGGCGGACGGCAGCGUGGACGGGCGCACAGCUGGGCUCGAUGACGCCUCGGGGCCCGAGGAGGCCGACAGAGAAGGGGUGCCGGCCGCACACUGACGCCUGGGCCCUCGGUCCUUGGUGAUUCUCGCCGUGAACCUUCCGACAGCAGCAGCCCUCAAGGUUCUGUUUCCCUUUUCUCCCGCGUGUACGGUGGCACUGGGCUCGUCGUGUGUGUGCGGUGUGUGUCUGCACGCACCUGGGUGUAUGAGUGCUGGAGCGCGUGCUCCUGGCUCCAGGGUUUCCCCCUGGGCCUGCUGGUCCCUGUGGAGCCAGAGCCCCUGCCCCUCUGUGCAGUCAGCCUGGGAUCUCCACGACCCCGAGCUUCAGGACCCAGAUGGUAUGGCCCAAGCAGUGGCAUCGUGGUACCCGCCUGCUCCCUGGGCCCCACGGGUCCCCCACGACCCCCUGGCGGCCUGUGUGAAGGAUAGUCGUCCAGGGACAUGAAGAGGCUGAGGGAGGGCACAUUCCAUUCCUCAGGAUCUUCCAUCUGACCCUCUAACCUGGAGGGUGUGUGGAUGGUGCUGGAGGCAGAGAGACCCAAGGCCUGGCCCCCACUGUCACGAGAGUAGGUCAUGAGGGUCUCUGUGGCCCAGAGUUGAGGUCACCUCCACGAGCAAACAGCAAAUAAAAGCCAUGGUGGAGGCCUGCA